CUUCUGUGCAGUUGGUGCAAGAUGGCGCCUGCGCGCCCGGCAGCGCCGUGGCGGACGAGGGAUCUGGGAGCGCGCGGCGAAGGGCUUUCUUCGGGCGGAUUGAAGACUAAGAAUGUGAAACGGAGGACUUGGUGGCCUAACCACCCACAGGCCUUCGCGGGAAGCGUUCGCGAGGGACAAGGCUUUGCAUUUCGGAGAAAGUUGAAGAUUCAGCAAAAUUACAAGAAACUGCUCUGGAAGCAAAAGAAGACCAGAACAGCACAGGAAUCCCAAUUCACGGAUCAGUACCCAGAUCACUUGAAACAUCUCUAUUUAGCUGAAGAGGAGAGACUCAGGAAGCAACGAAAGAAAGCUGACCAGCCUUUGUCAGAAGAAAAAGUCAACUGGCCUUUGCCUGAAGAGCAGUGUAGAGUUGGUGGUGCUUUGUCUGAAGACCAACAUCAUCAACCUCCGCCGGAAGAACAGUGUAGUGAAACAGUAAGUCCCGUGAGUGUUUCUAAGAAACAGAAAAAGAAAACAUCCAAUCAGAAAGCACAAGAAGAAUAUGAGCAGGUACAAGCUAAGCGUGCUGCUAAGAAACAAGAAUUCGAGAGGAGAAAACAAGAGAGAGAAGAAGCUCAAAGGCUCUACAAAAAGAAAAAAAUGGAAGUCUUCAAAAUAUUGAGCAAAAGGACUAAAAAGGGUCAGCCAAACUUAAAUUUACAAAUGGAGUAUCUUCUUAAAAAAAUACAAGAAAAAAGCUAAAUCACACAUUUUGUUCUUUAGGGUAAAAAUACCCACUGAGUAUCUACUUUAGGAAACGGGUAAUCCUUGAAAAUGGACCAAGUUUGUCAACAUAAUGGGACCUGCUAAACUGUGCAAAUACAUUUUUUCUUGUUAAAUUAAAAUUUUUAUAUGUAUAGUUGAUGUAAUACGGCUGAUUUUAUAUUUAUUUGCUUCUGGAGGAAGAUUGGGUUGAUGAACUUAAAAAAUCUAUUUGGGAGACAGGCUCAAGUAUAUAUUACUUUUGUCGCAUAUCCAAUUGAUAUGAAAUAAAAAUUUUGAAAAUAA